AGGGGAAGAGUACUUAUUAUUUAUUAACAGCAUUUCAGUCACAGAGAAGACAACGACAUCAGUAAGGAUGGCCGAUCAGGUCCUUUACUCUUCUGUGGUCUUCUCUCAAAGGAACCAACAGCCAGAAGUGGACAGCAAGAAGCCAAAAGACCAAAAUGAGGAUGUCACCUAUGCAGAGGUUAAACCUAAAAAAAAACAACAAAUGGAUUCAGGCCCUCAAGCAGGUGCUCAUGCAGAGAGUGAUACCUACUGCAAUAUAGACCAGAAAAUGGCUGGAAUUGACAAGCAGUCAAAUGUAAAUAAAAGUACCGAUAUAUUAGUACCUCCUACUAAAAAGAAAAAUAAAACCUUUUUAAUGUGGUUGUUGUUAACGUUCCUGUGUGCUGUCUUCCUGGCUGCCAUUGCCGGAGUCAUUGUGUUUUUUGUCCUUAACCAUAAAUACAAAGAAAAUCAAAUAAACCAAGAGAAACUGGAACAAAACCUUUCUAAUACCAACGAAGAGCUGAGGAUAUUACAUGAGAACUUCACAGUUCAGAAGGAUCAGCUCUUAAACCUGAAAACCCAGUACAUAGCUCUGAAUCAAAGCCACACAGCACUGCAAUCCCAAAAUAUGAAUUUGACACAGAGCUUUAGUGACCUGCAAAUGAGGCACUCAGCAUUACAAGGGAACCACUCAGCCCUGACUACAUCUCUUAAUAAAUACUGCUCUCUACAAGAUGUCUCAAAACCAGAAAGGCAAUGUGUCUUCUGCCCAGAGAGUUGGGUGCCAUUCAACACAAAAUGUUACUACUUCUCCACUAAUAAAUUGUCUUGGAAUGACAGUCGUGAUAACUGCACAUCAAUGGGGGGUCACCUUGUGAUCAUAGAGAGCCAAGAGGAACAGAGCUUCUUACUGAAUAAGACUAUCAGCAAAACUGACAAAUCUCACUGGAUUGGUUUAACUGACCAGAAGAUAGAAGGUCAGUACCUCUGGGUGGACAACAGACUUCUGAAUGAAAACAACAAGUUCUGGGGCCAAAGGGAUAAUCAAAACGAUCAUGGAUAUGAGCCGGACAACUUUAAGGGAGACCAUAAAGAAGGAGAGAAUUGCAUACACCUAAACAAAAACACACUAUUUAAUGGAUGGUAUGAUGCAUGGUGUGGUGAAAUCAAACAAAGGAUCUGUGAAGCAGCAGCUGCCCUUAUUCACAUCUAAUAUCUAAUUCAUAAGUCACUGGUUAUACUGGGAGUUUCUGAAAUGAUAAUCUGCAGUCAGACUGAGAAUGAGAAAUUUGACACUCUUGAUAGCAGAAGACAGCUGAAUUCAACCACCAGGGGCUCUUAAACAAAUUCAAAAUGAUCUUGAAGGACUUAUGAUAGCAUGAGACCUCUCAUGGAAGCCCUCUACACCCAGAAAUAGCCACAAAGAGGUAAAAGGAUGC